AUGAAAAUUGAAGACGAACAAGCCAACUCCAAGGCAUGCGACUGGACGGACCAACUCCCUCAAACCGACCACGUCCGUUUCAUUCGUAGCAUCGAUUGGUCCCAGAGCGGACUGGGACCUUUGAAAGAUUGGAAUUCAAAUCUGCGUCUGUUCACAGGGUUUGCACUGGCAGACUCACGCGCAGCAUGUCUAUGGUGGGGGCCCGACUCCAUCGCCAUUUACAAUGAGCACUUUGUACCGCUGUGUGCAGGUAUCCACCCCACACUAAUGGGCUCAACAUAUGCGCAAAGUUUGCCUGAAAUAUGGCCAUACAUCAAGACGUUGUUUGAAGAAAGCCGGAGGACUGGUACUGGCCAGAAUAUUUCCUCGGCCGCACCAUUGCUAGUAGAACGAAAUGGGUAUAGAGAGGAAGCUUUUUUCUCGGGAACAUUCAUUCCCAUAGGCCCGCCCCAUCAGCCUGAAGGCUUUUAUAACUCCGUCUACGAGGUGACGCAGCAGAAGCUCACUGAUCGCCGUACCUCCAUGAUGAACAAGCUUGCUGCAGUACCUUCCCAAAACGUCGAUGAUGUUUUAGUACAUGUUCUUGCCACUAUGGAAACAAACCCCAAUGAUAUCCCGUUUGCUAUGUUAUACAAGUUUAAAGAAGGUCUUGAGCCAAGCGUGCUACAGUCGCGAGGACAAAUUGGGCUACCUAAAGGCCAUGAGUUCCUCAUCCAGAGCGCGCAUUUCGAAACUUGUGAUCAAGGGCUGAUCCCUGACAUGCGCCGUGCAGGCUCAGAGAACGUCGUCUUUGAUUACGAUCAUAGAUUCGAAGGCAUUUCCUGGAAAGGAUGGGGUUCACCAUCCAAAAAAUUUAGCCAUAUUGCCCAUUAA